AAACUUUCACUUCUGCGAGAACCGAGAUUUAACAGUAUUUUAAAAUGGAAAAUAUUAUAAUCACGUCACCAAGUAUCAAAAGCAAGCAGCAACUCGAAAAUCACGCUGUCUUUCUUUCCUCUUUCAAUCUCUUACUCGAUCAAUCGGUUUUGGUUUCUGUUUCGUAAUCAUCUAAAAUGAAUUCGAAUCAUCUCCUUCUUGAGGAGCCCAUACGGAUGGCUUCAAUCUUGGAACCAUCAAAAUCAACUUUCUUUCCUGCAAUGACAAAGAUCGUCGGGACACUUGGUCCAAAAUCACGGACUGUUGACAUCAUUUCUGGUUGCUUGAAUGCUGGGAUGUCUGUGGCACGGUUUGAUUUUUCAUGGGGCGAUGUGGAAUAUCACCAGGAGACGUUGGAAAAUCUUAAAGCUGCGGUCAAGAGCACCAGGAAGCUCUGUGCAAUCAUGCUAGAUACAGUGGGUCCAGAGUUGCAAGUAGUCAAUAGAACUGAGCAUCCAAUUUCCCUUCAAGCAGAUGCCUCUGUUGUCCUAACACCAGAUCAAGACAAAGAAGCCUCUUCAAAUCUGCUACCAAUAAAUUUUACUGGUUUAUCAAAGGCAGUGAAGAAAGGAGAUACUAUUUUUAUUGGUCAGUAUCUGUUCACAGGAAGUGAAACUACUUCUGUGUGGCUAGAGGUCACUGAAGUAAAUGGCGAAGAUGUGGUUUGCCUGAUAAAAAAUUCUGCUACCUUGGGAGGUCCACUCUAUACUCUGCAUGUCUCUCAAAUUCGCAUCAAUCUGCCCACUCUCACGGAUAAAGAUAAGGAGGUUAUAAGCUCAUGGGGUGUUCGGAACAAUAUAGACAUCCUCUCAUUGUCAUAUACCAGGCAUGCUGAAGAUGUCCGCCAUGCCCGGGAAUUUCUUUCCAAACUAGGGGACCUCCAUCAAACUCAAAUAUUUGCGAAGAUUGAAAAUAUAGAGGGAUUAACUCAUUUUGAUGAGAUCCUGCAAGAAGCAGAUGGCAUCAUCCUUUCUCGUGGAAAUUUGGGCAUAGAUCUCCCACCAGAGAAGGUGUUUCUAUUUCAAAAAGCUGCUGUUUACAAGUGCAACAUGGCUGGAAAGCCUGCUGUGGUUACUCGUGUUGUGGACAGUAUGACAGACAAUUUGAGACCUACUCGUGCAGAAGCAACUGAUGUUGCCAAUGCAGUAUUGGAUGGUAGUGAUGCAAUUCUUCUAGGUGCAGAGACCUUGCGGGGACUGUACCCUGUUGAGACCAUUUCUAUCGUUGGAAGAAUAUGUGCUGAGGCAGAGAAAGUUUUCAAUCAAGAUCUGUAUUUCAAAAAGGCUACCAAAUAUGUUGGGGAACCAAUGACCCAUUUAGAAUCAAUUGCUUCCUCAGCGGUACGUGCAGCUAUCAAGGUGAAGGCUUCUGUUAUUAUCUGCUUCACUUCAACGGGAAAAGCUGCUAGGUUGAUAUCAAAGUACCGGCCAACAAUGCCUGUGAUAUCUGUUGUUAUCCCUCGACUUAAGACAAAUCAACUGCGCUGGACCUUUACAGGUGCUUUUGAGGCAAGGCAGUCACUCAUUGUCAGUGGACUUUUUCCCAUCCUUGCAGACCCACAGCAUGCGGCUGAAUCCACGAAUGCAACAAAUGAAUCAGUUCUGAAGGUUGCUUUAGAUCACGGCAAGGCAAUUGGUGCUAUAAAGCCACACGAUCGAAUUGUUGUUUGCCAGAAGGUUGGCGAUUCAUCUGUGGUAAAGAUCCUUGAGCUCGAAGAUUAAUCAAAGCUAAUAGUUAUCAUUCUAGCUUUUGCCCGCAACUUCUCAUGGUACAGCACUAAAUAAGGUGAAGUUGGAACUUCUUACAGAAGAAAGGAUGGAAGGCUUUUGCGUACCUUCAUUGCUGUUUUGCUUCCUUCAUGUUUUACUCUCUCUUUCAUGCAAGAGUGUAAAUUGUGCUUUAAGAAUCAAAGAUUAUUGAUAAACUAAUGAAAAGGAAUAAAUUAAUUUGCACAAUCGGGAGGAUCCGAACUCGAAA